AGCAGACCCAUGUGCCCCUCGCCUCUCCUGCCCUCUCUGCUCAGUGCUAUGGUGGUCCACAUUCUCUCCGCAGACAGCCAGCCCUCCCUGAGCAGCAGCAGCAGCAGCAGCAACCCACAGGACGCACCUCAGAGCCCGGGGAAAGAGCAGGGCCAUGUGGGACUGAGCCAAACGGGACACAACGUGGUAGCGCUUUGCCUCGGAUUCAUCCUGGUAGUUGGGUUUCUCAGUAACUUUUUGGUGCUGCUCGUUUUUGCCAAGUUUCGCUCUCUUUGGACCCCCAUCAAUCUGAUCCUGCUCAACAUCAGCCUGAGCGACGUGCUGGUGUGCGUCUUUGGGACUCCGUUCAGCUUUGCAGCCAGUCUCUACGGCAGGUGGCUCAUCGGAGAGGUCGGCUGCAAGUGGUAUGGAUUCGCCAACUCCCUGUUUGGCAUUGUGUCCCUGGUGUCCCUGGCUGUGCUGUCCUAUGAGCGCUACACCACGGUCCUGAGGUGUGCCCUGGUGGACCUGUCCGACUUCAGACAGGCCCGGCUCUGCGUUUUGGGCUCUUGGCUCUACUCUCUACUGUGGACACUGCCUCCGCUUUUGGGUUGGAGCAGCUAUGGGCCAGAGGGGUCAGGCACCACAUGCUCAGUCCAGUGGCACCAGCGGUCAGCGGCCAGUGUCUCAUAUGUGCUGUGUCUCUUCAUCUUUUGCCUGCUGCUGCCUCUCCUGCUCAUGGUCUAUUCAUAUGGACAGAUCCUGGUGGCUAUUAAGAGGGUGGGUAAGAUCAACGUGCUGUCAGCCCAGCGGCGGGAGCAGCACAUCCUGUUCAUGGUCCUGUCCAUGGUGUCCUGCUACAUGCUCUGCUGGAUGCCCUAUGGCGUCAUGGCCCUCAUUGCCACAUUUGGUCGCUCAGGGAUUGUCUCACCUGUGGCCAGUAUGGUGCCCUCCAUUCUUGCCAAGUUUAGCACUGUUGUUAACCCAGUCAUCUAUAUCUUCUUCAACAACCAGUUUUACAGAUGCUUUGUGGCCUUCAUAAAGUGUCAAGAUGAUCCAAAUUGUGCUCAAGGAGAGGGACCUCCAACUCCAAAGAAGCACUUCACUGUAUUAUCUCCACUGAAUAUACAGACGUCUCUCAGCUCCACACAACUGCACCUCAACACACUUAAACAGGCAUCAGUUUACAAUGGGCGAACUGAAUACCACACUACAGUUGUUCACUAUACUGCAUAAAUUGUGCUUCAAAAUAUUUUCAAGCUAUAUUUGUGACUGCAGCACUUAUUUCCUUUAGUUGUAGACUGGACAUAAUAUCCGACAUGGACUUAGAGCUUUUAACUAUUCUAUAAGUGCUCAGAAAAUGUCUGUAUCACCUACCCCCUAUGUCCACCCACUGCUAUGGACUGAGUAGAUUUUUUUUUUUUUUUUAUUAAGACUUGAACAAUAAUGGGUAAUAAUGGAGCCAUUAUUACCCAUUAUUGAGCCAUUUUAGAGAAAUACUGCAGUUAAUGAACAAAUGUGAAAUAAUCAUCUACAAAACAAGGUACAGUGUUUCUUAUUUAAGAGAGUGAUUCACCACCAGACACAAUGUGGGGUUUUUUUUCACCGCUCCUAUGUUACUUUUCAUGAAGCCUAUCCAGGUCAGCCUGGUUUGACAGAAACCUCAGCAUAGUCUGUUUUUGAG